AUGGUCCAGGCUAGAGCAGCAAAGAACCUCUGGGUCGCCGCGUCCGACGGCGACAUCGCGCGCGUUCAGGAGCUGAUCGCCUCUGGCGCGACGGCAAACGACAAGGACGAGCACAGCUACACGCCGAUGCACGCCGCCGCGUCGUACGCGCACCUCCCGCUGCUCGAGUACCUCGUCAGCGUGGGCGGAGACGUCAACCUGCCCGACGACGACGGGGACACGCCGCUCUUCACGUGUGAGAGCGUCGACGCCGCGCGCUGGCUCGUCGAGCACGGCGCCAACGCCGCUCACCGGAAUGACGAGGGACAGACGGCCGCCGACAGCGUCGAGGACGAGCACCCAGCCGUCGCCGCCUACCUCCGCAGCGUGACGGGCGAGGCGGCCCCCGCUGCCCCAGCCGGCGCCGAAGUGUCCCAGUACGCUGUGGACCAGUACGCUUCCCGCCAGACCGACGACCUGCUGGCCGAGACGCAGCGCAUCAUGGAGGAGGCGGAGCGCGAUGGUACCGACCCCGAGGAGAGACUGCGCGAAGUUGUUGGCCGGGCGGUGCGCCAGGGCUUCAACUACGGUGGCGAGCUUGGACACGCUGCCGAUGACGCUGCGGCCACCGGCGACGACGCAAAGCGGGCGCGUGGAGAGUAG